AUGAUGGAGUGGUUCGCUAUUGGAUGGGAGGGAACUAGGGAAUAUAUCAAAAUCAGAUUUUUCUCAAUUGUCGACGGGAGGGUUUAUAUUGUAGAUUUCAGAAAGUAUCCGGUAGUUGCGAGGAUGGGUUCUGACGAUGAAUGUUGUUCCCGUCGUGCAAAAGUAUUGUUGCCAGCGACAGGUGUGUUGACAAAACAGGGCAUUCUAUUCUAUCAUUUGAGACGGUAUGCAUUAAAAUCUAUUCAUUUGCAACGGAUCAAGCAGUGUGGGAUCGAGUUAAAAACUGGUCAGUUUUCAAGUGAAGAAAAUAAGCGGCUUAAAAGGAACUGGAAGAGAUACGCAGCAGCAAAUGAUGUCGACUACAGUCGAGCUUAUGAAUUUGCGGGUGGUUGUAGCAAAGAAAUGAGUCGAGAUGAACGGAUUAAUUUAUUAAUAUUUCAGAACAAAACAAAUUUUGUUCCAGCAAUGUGUGAAGGAUUCAGUGAUCGAACAGGGCGACAGGUCAUCAGUAGAAUGUUAAUUGUGUAUCAUCCGGGUGAAAAAAACAGGCCGGAAUGGAAUGACGAACUAGAGAAACAGUUUGAAAAGUUGUAUGCUGAGGGUUGCACAUCUCGGGCUAUAAGUAUUCACUUGGAACGACCGAAGGCCGAAGUAGAUUAUCGAAUUAAUAUAUUGAGAAGGAGAACAGAAAAACCGUAUGAUUUUGACGACUGUGACAUUGAAUUGGCUGAUAGUACGCGACAAGUUCUUUAUGGUUUUGUGAUCAAAUGGUUGCGUCCUCAAAACUGUCCCUUGGAAUUAGAAGAAAUGUUGCCAGAAAAAGAAAAGUGGAAUGUGGCCGACUUUGCACUGCUUCAAGAUCAGGAAAAGGCUAUGUCGUAUUUGCCUUGGCUCUCACUUACUUGGAAGAUGUUACGUUCUGUUCCUGUAAUAAAGAAUUUUUGGUCGAAAGAGGUCGAAAGAUUACGUGCAGCUUGCGAAAGAUUUGAUGGAGAUACAGAAAAAGCCGCAGAUUUUUGCAUGCCAAAACUUCCUCUUAUAAGUAUUGGCGAGUACAGGCGUGCUCUAAAUUUGUUUCUGGAACAAAAACCAAUGUUUCUUUAUCAUCUUGAUGUUCAACAAUUACAGAAGAGAAUCAAAGAGGAAAAUUUGAUUGGUUAUUGUACGGAUGGUCUAAUGGAAGCUGAAUUUCUGAAAAGAAUGUUCUGCAUUCAUGUUUCAAAUUUUAGAAAAUCCAUAGGGGCAGUGAAUCUCAGAAAUAUCACUUGUAUUGACUGGAUUACCGUUCUCAUCGAAUAUCUGAAACAUCUGGAUCAAAGCAACAGAAAAUGGCACUAUAGCAUGAAGCAUAUAAGAGAACUUGUUUCAAAAAAACUGGAGAAGUGUAAAAACGUUUUAUCUGACAGUAGUUGUGCUACUGUGAACGGCGAUAAGAAUGAUUCACUUUCUUAUUCAACAACAUCUAAUAGAGCUUCUAAAGAUGAACAAGAGGAUUACAUACCAUAUAUUAAUGGUCUAGAAGUGAAUAACAUAAACAGUCAAAAAUCUGCGAGAGAUGGAGAACCGACUUCUGUCAAUGUUUGUGUCGAAUACUUUACCGAAAAAUUAAAAAAUCUUAUUGAAUCUCGGAUUCUGUUGUUUGAUGAACGGCGGCAGCAUAAAUUUACAAAGAAAUUAAGGAAGAUAAUGAAAAAAGAUGAGAAACUAGAAUUAUUGCAAGGAUUGGUUGAGAAAAUGAUUUUCAAUCUGGAAAAUGAACAAGAAAUGAAAUUAACUAAGAAGUAUCAAAAAAUUAUGAGGAGAUUUCAGAAGAUGCAACAAAGGCAAGAUUGUGAAAGCGACAUUCAUUGUGAACUUGCAGAAACGUCUGGCAAAAAUCAUGGUGAAGGAGAUGAGACGGAAAAUUGCACUGAUUAUUCUAGAAUUGUUGAAGACACAAAGCAGUUGGAUUCUGAUAUUGAUUUUGGUGUUUUCGGUUCAUUGGAGUUGCAGCUCAAAAAGCAAGCGGUACAGGUAGUAAAGGAAGAUCAAAAAAAAAGGAAGAUCAAUGGAGAAGAAGGAAUAAGAGCUGUUCGAAGAAAGUCUAUCUCAUCAGAGCUAAAUAAACUAGCAAAACCAGUUAUAAAAACAAAAGAUCAAAAGGUGGAUAUUUAUCCACCACUAAAAAGGAAGAAUAGGGCUGUUAAGCAUGAAGGGAAAGGAAAUUAUGAUGCCAUGGCCAUUUGGUGUUAA